UCUUCUCUCUUCAUUACCCUCUUCUUGGAUGAACGUAUGUCAAAAAAAAAAUCCUGAUUUUGCCAUUACCCUCUCUCCAUCAGAACUCCUCUUCUUGGAUUCUCAUCUUCUCUGUUUAUAUUGUAUUUUGGUCUUUUUCAACUGAAUUAUCAAAAUAUUGGGGUAGUUAAUUUCUAGGGUUGAAGCUGCUAAAUGGUUUGAAGAAGUGGUUGUUUGAGAAAUCUAAGAAGACAUAUUUGAGACAUCAUUAGCUGAAGAAAUUGUUUGUUCUUUGCUGAUUAUUUUUGGAUUUGUUCUUUAAUAUCUUAUUUUUUUCUUUAAUCCGUGAGGUGUGGGUAGUGUAUUUGAUAUAAGCUAAGUUCAGGAAACUCCUAUAUAGGCUAAAAAAUUGUUGCAUGCAACUAUUUUAGAACCCCUUUUGUGAUAUUCAGCAAACAAUUAAAUUGGGUCCUUUAUCGAAGUGGGUUUGAAAUAAUUUUAAGCUUUUUGGUUGGGUCUUUUCUUUGCUUGGUUCUACAAUAUCACUUUUCUUCCCUAUUGUGGUUGCCAAAAGGAAAAGCUGAGAUUUUCCUUUUUCCUUUUAUUUUCUCUGCAAUUUCACUCUUGUUGGGUGCAUUUUAUAGUGAUGAUUUUAUAUAGUAUCGUGAAAUUGUUUUCUCUGGACCUAAUGUUGGAUCUAAACUUGUUUCUUGUUGUAAUUUUGUGUAUAACUUUAAUCGACCAUAUCUUGAGUGACUAAAAAUUACCAUGGAAGUGGCUAUAAAGUAUAGAAAGUUUAUCUUUUUCUCAACAUGGUGUUUUUGAAUGCCUGAAAAGAUAUAGUUAAAAAGCUAGAUUAUUGCUGCUCUGCUUCGUAAAUGUAGUUACAGAGGAAAAUUUUGUUGGUUUCAGUUAGUAGAAUAAUGUAUUUUUGGAAGAAUAUUCAUGUGAUUAAAUUCAAAGGAUAAGGCAUUAAGUCAAAUAGUAAAUGAAGAAAUCUCUUUAGGUUAAUAUAGCGUAUUUUAUUGCUAUUCUAGAUCCUAAAAUUUGAGAUAAGCCAUCUGCCAGAUGUAAAUAAGCCUAUAUAUUGUCAUAUAAUUGCUUGACCUAUUGGUUUCUUGUUGAUGAUGUGAAAAGAAUUCAAUGGUCUUGCCUAACAGGAAAAAGAAAGUUUUUUCUUUAAAGGUUUUGAUUGUUCUCCCAGAAUCCCAAGUGUUCUUCUACGACACUUUGUCACUUCGUAGACGAUUGGUUCGACAUCGCAGAGCCCAGGUCCAUCAUCUCCAGGAAACGAUAUAGAUGUGUAUCUACAACCAUUAAUUGCAGAAUUGAAGGAACUCUGGGAACCUGGGAUAGAAACAUAUGAUGCUGAAACCGACUAAACAUUCCGAAUGCGUGCAGCCUUAUUGUGGACAGUUAGUGAUUUUCCAGCAUUAGCAAUGCUUUCAGGAUGGACCACCAAGGGAAAAUUGGCAUGCCCUACUUGUAAUUAUGACACAUGCUCUCAAUAUCUCAAACAUAGUCGUAAGAUGUGUUACUUGGGUCAUCGUAGAUUUUUGCCUUCUGAUCAUCAAUUGCGAAAAGAUAAGAAGUCAUUUGAUGGUAAGGAGGAGCAUAGACCUGCACCUACUCCUUUGUCGGGUAUAGAAGUGCUUCAAGAGCUGCAUGAAUUCAACAAUGUGUUUGGAAAGGGCAAAAAAAAAAAGGCCUCGAGAUAAUAAGGGUCAGUGGAAAAAAAGAUCUAUUUUCUUUGAAUUGCCAUAUUGGGCACAUAACAAAUUGAGGCACAAUCUUGAUGUGAUGCACAUAAAAAAGAAUAUAUGUGACAGUUUUCUUGGGACUUUACUGGAGAUAGAUGGAAAGUCAAAGGAUCAUGUAAAUUCUCGCUAUGACUUACAGGAAAUGGGGAUACGAAAGGAGCUACAACCAAUAGAGGAUAAUAAUUGGAAAUGUAAGUUUGGCUCAAGCUUGUUUCUCCAUGAAGCCCGAACAGAAAAGGUUGUUUUGCACCGUCUUGAAAAAUGCCAAAUUACCAAAAGGAUGUGCUUCUAAUAUAUCACAUCGUGUGUAAGUGAAGGAGAUGAAAAUAUCAGGGUACAAGAGUCAUGAUGCUCAUUUUAUAAUGCAUUACCUGCUCCAAGUUGCCGCUAGAAAAGUGCUGCCCAAGAAUGUUUCAUUAACCUUGAUUAGAUUGGGCAAUUUCUUUAGAGCCAUAUGUAGUAAGGUUAUAAGAAGAAGAGAUCUUGAGAAACUGGAUUCUGAAAUUGUUGAAAUAAUAUGUGACCUCGAAAGGAUUUUUCAUCCAACAUUUUUUGAUAUAUUCCACAUUUACCUAUUCAUUUAGUGAAUGAAAUUAAGCUUGGGGGUCCGACUCAUCUUCGCUGGAUGUAUCCCAAUGCGAGGCACCUUUGUAAGUUGAAGAAGUUCGUUCGUAAUCGAUCUUGUGCAGAAGCAUCAAUAGUAGAGGGUUUUUUGGCUGAAGAGUGCUUGACCUUUUGUUCAAGAUACCUACGCGAUAGUGUGAAGACAAGAUUCAGUAGGUACCAGACUGAGGAUGAUGAAUGUGUUAAGAAUUUAUCACAUAUACUCCCUAAGAUAGGUCAUCCAAUUGGAAUUGAGCAGAAAAAGGAUUCGACUUUUAUGAUGGAUCCACAGUUACGUUAUGAGGCACAUCGGUAUGCUUUAUUCAACACUGGAGAUGAACAAGUUGAAAAUUUUAUCGAGGAACAUAAGAAUUUGAUGAGUAAUCAUACUAGAUCAAACGCAUGGGCAAGAGCAAGGAAUCAUAGUCGGGAAUUUAGCAAUUGGUUUGAAGAGAAAGUUAAAAAUGUUGAAGUACCCAAUUAUCUAUUAUGGCUGUCUAGAAUGCCUAAUGUGGUGGGCAAGAGAUACAUUGCAUAUUUCAUUAAUGGAUACCAAUUUCAUACAAAAAGUCGGGACGCUCCACGAAAGACUCAAAAUAGUGGAGUGACUCUAGCAGCAACAACAUAUAGUUUUGCUAGUUCUAGGGACCAAAAUCCCAUAGAUGGCGAGGUUAUUUAUUAUGGAGUUAUUCAAGAUAUCAUUGAGAUUGAUUAUUAUGGCCAUUUUAGUGUUGUACUGUUUAGAUGUGAUUGGUUUCAUAAUGAAGUAGAUGAAUAUGGGUUAACUCGAGUAUACUUCAAUAAGUUAUGCAGUAAAGAUGAUCCUUUUCUGUUGGCAUCACAAGUUCAUCAAGUUUUUUAUAUGGCGGAUCCAGUUGAGAAAGAUGUUUAUUAUACAAGGAAUAAAGUCCCUGUUGAUUUGUAUGAUCUAGAGAAAGAGGAUUGUCCUAAUAUAGGAGACACAUUUUGGAGGGAGCCUAAUGAUGACAUUGGUCCAUCAAUUAGAUUAGAUGAUGGUGACAUUAGAUGGUCAAGAGAAGAUGUGCCCGCUGAUGUCGUUGAUAUUCCAUCUAAUGCACAACAUUCAGAAGAUACAAUUAUGGAAACAUCGAAAGAGGAGGAUGAGUUCGAUGAUACUGAUUGGGAUUGGAUGGAGGAAAAUGAUUAGACAAUAAAGUUCUGAACUCCUUUUAUAUAUGCUCAUCAUUGUUAAUAUUUUUUUAUUUUGAGCGUCUAAUAAAUGUCUUUUUUCAUACAUAUUUUAUGAUCUUUUCUUGAAUUUCUACAAGAAUAUCCCUUCUUAAUGCAAUAAAAUCAUGUUUCUGUUUGACUCUUAAUUUGCCUAUUUAGUGUGAACUUUUAUCUAUUUUUACUUAGAUUAAUGCUCUACCUACAUAUAGUAGAAUUCGAGUUCAUAGUCCUAGUUUGUGUCACAAUAGUACUAGAUAAUAUAAUCCCACUGCCAUUCUGAUUGAUUUUGUUUUCAGCACUGACAUUCUACUAACCAAUUUUGUAUUUCAUAUUCUAAAACUUGCAGAGACUUGACUAAUCAUGAAUCAAGACGGGAGUUCAAGAAAAAGCAAGAGAGUUAAGAACUCAAACUUCAUUCCACCUGGAUCAGUUGCAUCUUUGCUAAGCCAAAGGGUUUUGAAUCACAGGCACAAGCCAAACUCAAAAUACAUUUCAGAUGUUCAUGUUACAAAGUCAAAUGAAAAGCAUUACAAGCACAAGCAGAACUCAAACUACAUUCCAGGUGGAUCUGAAGUGGAACAAGUGCAGCAAGUGUGUCCCGAUUCUAUCUGUCCUGCAGCACAAACAGUACAUGAGCAAGUAUUGUUGGUUUCCACCACUGCUGAAUCAGGAGAAGCACAAGAACAAGUGCAACAAACCUCACAACUUUCUAGCAUUCCUGCAUUACAAGCAGUUAAUGAACAAAUCCAACAAGAUCCACAUGAUUCUACUAAUCUUGAAGCAAAUGACCAAUCUGGGGAG